CCUCCGUCGUCCCCCGGGCGUAGCAGAGAACAGCCCGAGCCUUCUUGAAACAGAGGCAGUCAGUGAGAGUGCCACUUCUUUCUUGAGCCUAAACCGUAGAUAAGUCUCAGACUUGUUCUAGGCUUCUGGUGGUUGGAUGUCGUGAUUUCCAUUUCCAAGGCACAAUAAGCCAUGGAAACUGCGUCAUCAUUACCAUCACAAUCUUCCUUUCUCUACCUCACCAAUCUCACUUCUCUCCCCGCCAAGACCCUCCUUAAACCCUCUCCAACUCCGCAUCUCCAUAACCACAACAAUUUGCUCAAUAUCAAAGCAUCGACACUGUCCCCAACAGUUCUAACCCAAUGGCCGCCAACCGGUCACCGAAAGCCCCCCAAAUUGUCCUCCAAAAAGCGGCAAUUAUUCGCUGAAAAGGAUGCAUUCCCAAUGUCCUUACCACUCCAUUUAAAAAAUCCACAUUCCAUAUGCAAGGAUAUUCAAAGAUUUGCCAGACAAGGAAAGCUUAAAGAGGCUCUCGCCGUAUUAGACUACAUGGACCUACAAGGCGUCCCGGUUAACGCCACCACAUUCUCCGACCUUAUUGCUGCUUGCGUUCGCUCUAAAUCUUUAGCGGAAGGCAGGCAAAUACACACCUAUAUCCGAAAAAAUGGAUUCGAAAGUAACGAGUUUUUGUGUACUAAGCUUGUCCAUAUGUACACAUCUUGCGGUUCGAUAGAAGACGCGAAGCGGGUCUUCGAUGGUUUGCAUUGCAAAAGCGUCUACUCUUGGAAUGCGUUACUUAGAGGCAGUGUGGUUUCAGGCAGGCGGCAGUAUAGCCAACCACUUUUUACGUUCUUAGAAAUGCAGGAACUGGGUAUUGAAUUGAAUGUUUAUACUUUCUCGUGCCUGAUAAAGAGCUUUGCAGGGGCUUCAGCACUCUUGCAAGGUCUAAUGACUCAAGCCUUAUUGAUUAAAAACGGGUUGAUGGGUAGUUCGAUUCUUCAGACGGGCUUAGUUGAUUUGUACUUUAAAUGUCGCAAGGUUAAGCUGGCCUGCAGACUGUUUGAGGAAAUUUCUGAAAAAGAUGUUGUUUUGUGGGGGGCAAUGAUCGCAGGUUUAGAGCAUAAUAGGUUGCAAAGGGAUGCUUUGGAAUGUUUCAGGUGCAUGACAGGCGAAGAGAUAGACCCAAACUCAGCUAUACUGACUACGAUUCUUCCAGUGAUUGGAGAACUGUGUGCUCAUAAAUUAGGCCGGGAGGUUCAUGCUUACGUGUUGAAGACAAAGAGUUAUUCAAGACAAUUGUUUAUUCAGUCUGCAUUAAUUGAUAUGUACUGCAAGUGCAGAGACCUGGGUUUGGGGAGAGAGGUUUUUUAUGCCUCAAGAGAGAGAAAUGCUGUUUCUUGGACUGCUUUGAUGUCAGGAUAUGUCUCCGAUGGAAGGUGUGAGCAGGCUUUGCGGUCAGUAGUUUGGAUGCAGCAGGAAGGGAUCAAGCCCGAUGCAAUCACUGUUGUCACCGUUCUUCCGGCAUGUGCAAAGUUGAGAGCACUGAAACAAGGAAAGGAGAUCCAUGGCUAUGCUGUCAGGAAUGGAUUUCUGCCCAAUGUAACUAUAGUUACGUCUCUGAUGGUAAUGUAUUCAAGGUGUGGUGUAUUGGAGUAUUCUUUUAAGUUGUUUGAUGAUAUGCAUGCAAGGAAUGUGAUUUCAUGGACAGCUAUGAUUGAUUCAUGCAUAGAAAAUGGGAAGCUGUGUGAAGCACUUCGCAUAUUUAGGUUAAUGCAGCUGUCAAGGCACACGCUAGACUCAGCUGCAAUGGCAAGAAUGUUGAGUGUUUGUGGUCAACUAAGAGUUUUGAAACUUGGGAGGGAGAUUCAUGGGCAUAUUUUGAAGAAAGGUUUUGAAUCAUCACCCUUUGUUUCUGCAGAAAUUAUGAAAAUGUAUGGGAUUUGUCAAGCAAUGGACAAAGCAAAGUUGGUUUUUGAUGUGAUCACCAGCAAGGGUUCUCUGACAUGGACUGCCAUUAUAGAGGCUUAUGGAUAUAAUUCUCAGUAUCAAUAUGCAAUUAGUCUUUUUUUUCAGAUGAUAUCUGAUGGUUUUACUCCAAGUCGCUUUACUUUUAAAGUGGUGCUGUCUAUUUGCGAGCAAGCGGGGUUGGCGGAUGAGGCUUGCCAGAUCUUCAAUCUAAUGACUCAGGGGAAUGAAAUUAAGGCAUCUGAAGAACAUUACUCUAGCGUCAUUGGGCUUCUCACUCGUCUUGGUCGCAUUGAGGAAGCUCAAAGAUAUAUCCAGAUGAGGUUGUCUUUAUCAUAACAAAAAAGAAGCAGGUUCCAUUUGUUGCUUGUUUAAAAUUCUCAAGUGCCUCUUCUUCAACAGAUAAAAUGGUAGCAUUUUAGCCCUUUGUUUGCAGGCUCAUUAGGAGGGAGGACUGGGCGGCCCAUGAGCCUCUUGAUUUCCAACCUCACCCUCCCUUCCCUUUAAACUGGCACCAGAAUUGUCUUGAUCAAGAAUUGUUCAUACAUGAAAGAUAUGAAACAAUGGGGACUUGAUCUUGACACAGCUGCAGCUUUCAUCUUGUUCAGAUAUCAGAGAAGAAAAAAAGGGAUCAAUAAUGUGUAAGAAUCAAAGCAGUGAGCUUGCGCAGCUCAAGGGUCAAGAUAGGAAAUCAAGAAGAAAUCUUAGACUUCUGUCGGUACGCCCAUGCUUCUCUGUAAACCAUCACUCAUCACUUCUCUCUCUGUCCUUUCUCAUUGCUUCUAAAAUAAGUUUGCUAAAUGUAAAAGCUUAAAUAUUUGGAGAAUUGCUGCCUUACCUUAAACACAAGUGUAAGCGUGUAUUUAUAGAGAUGUAAAACAUAUUUUUGUUACAACUGAAUUAUGAAAAGAUAGGAACAGAGGAAUACAUUUGAAUUUAAACCUGA